ACUGAGCAUGCGUGAAAUUUUUGGUGAAAAAUCUGAUUGAAAUAUCACUAGGGAAAUACACGACAUAUUUUCUACGUUUCCUUAAUGAAAUGACUGAAUAAUGACCUGAUUUAAGGUAAUUAGAACUUCUACUGCAUGCAAAUAAAGAAGUGGAACACUAGCAGAACUGAUACAAAAUGUCGAAAUCUAAAGGUUCUAGCAAAGGUGCAGAGUGUGUCAAAGUGGUGAUAAGAUGCCGGCCUUUAAAUUCAAAGGAAAAAGAACAAGGACAUCAAAGGAUUGUGGAAAUGGAUGUCAAAGGGGGUGUUGUAGAAGUCAAGAGCCCCAAGCCUGGAGAGUUGCCCAAAAAAUUCACAUUUGAUUCUGUCUAUGAUUGGGAUUCAAAACAGUGUGACUUGUAUGAUGAGACAUUCAGAGAUUUGGUAGAGUCUGUACUGAAUGGUUUCAACGGCACCAUCUUUGCUUAUGGACAAACUGGGACAGGAAAGACAUUUACAAUGCAGGGUAGGUAG